AUGUCGGAUAUCUACGAAGCGAUUGAGUAUGCACGAAAGCAGCUUGGGUUUGCAGACUUGAAAGAUAAGCAAUUGUUGGCCAUCAAUCACUUCGUCGAGGGAUCUGAUACAUUUGCAAUACUGCCUACCGGUUAUGGCAAGUCCGUUAUUUACAGCUUGCUUCCUGUUGUCUUUGACAGAAUGAGAGGAGAAGCUCAGACUGAUGACAACGCUGUGGGGGAAGUCUUGAAAGGCAAAGUGCAAUUAGUUUUUAUAAGCCCAGAAAACCUUUUGGGCAAUCCUACUUUUCGAACAAUGUUUUUAAAGAAGAUCUACAAAGAUAACCUUGUUGCUCUUGUCAUUGAUGAGGCCCAUUGUGUAAAGACAUGGGGAGACAAGUUUCGUGUGGCAUUCGCUAUGACAGGAACUCUUUGA